UCGGUUACCAGCAUCGACUUCAUAUAGCGCUAACUUCUCGCAAUGGCCCCGCCACCGUCGGCUGAUGUGCCUCUGCCCCAGAGGCUGCAACGCCUUGCCUGUACUUUACAAUUUGCCUGGUUCUGCGGGUACGUUAUCGCUGUUCGCCGCCCUCGUUGCAUGGCUCAAUGAUCCGGUGCUUGGGAGCAAACCUAUACAUGAAAUUGCGUGUGCCUGGAUGUCAAGAUCCAGACAUCUUGCCUCACCCAAUGCUGACAACUGCUCCUCCCUGCAGCCAUUUCGUCCUUCUUCUCUGCGUCGGUCGGUACGCCCUGUCAUGGAUGCGAAUGAACUAUUACAGGCCUUUCGCUCAGUUUUGUUAUCGCUUCGCCUUCAUUUCGGCCGCGGCUACAUAUGGCAUUGUGGUCUACAAGACAUGGCGGGCUCGUCAAAAGACUGGCGCAAAGCAGCCAGGUGGUCCUCUCGGUUAUCUCUCGGAUGAGAAUAUCCAGUAUCUGCUCAUGGCGGCUGUGUGGCUCUUCAUGCCGCAGUACCCUCUUGCCUUGCUCCCCUACGGGAUUUACUCGGUUUUCCACGUAGCGACCUACGUCCGCGCGAACCUGAUUCCAACAAUCAUUCCCCCGCAGAAGCUUUCCCCUCCUGCUGGGGCAUCGCCAAACGCCAAGCCGCAGUACGCUCAGCACCCGGCUGCCGAGGCCCUAGGUACCUUUGUCAAGCGGUACUAUGACGCUUCCAUGUCGAUGGUCGCCAACCUCGAGAUUCUCCUGUGGUUCCGCCUCCUCCUGGCCGCCAUCUUCUUCCAGCGCAGGUCCUGGAUCCUCCUCGCUCUGUACACAGCGUUCCUCCGCGCCCGGUUCGCGCAAAGCAGCCAUGUGCAAACCUCGUUUUCCCAGCUCGAGGCGCGGAUUGACAACCUUGUCGGUGCUCAAGGUACCCCGCCCGCUGCUCGCCAAGCUUGGGACGCCGUCAAAGGUGCUGCGCGACAGUUCUACGGCAUGACCGACGUGAACAAGUAUGCCAAUGGCGCUGCAGCUCCCAAGAAGACGUCGUAGACGCACUCGUGCCGAAGAGUAUCCUGCGAUACGCCAAUUAUACUUCCCGCACCGUUAUGCGGAAGGAAGCACGGGACUCAACCAGACGACUGGACCUUGGAAUUGGGACUCUGGUCCGCCCAUCCAAAUAGUCGCCUGGACAUAUCGAGGCGACACUGAGUUUUUGGCCGGAGAAAUGUGGCAGAUAAAUACAAUGAGAUUGACAGGAGCUGCCGGGGUGGGAGGGGCAUGGAUGGAACGGCAUGGCAGUCUUGAUGGGCAUCAUCCUGGGAUUGGCGUUACAGCUUCCACGUCUUUAGACCCGGCAAUCUUUCCUUUGGGUUACACCCAUUCACUGAGGCGUUCGAGGAGGUUCUGGCUGAGAUCUCUCACUGUCAAUUUUACUAAGCUUGUAUUGCAAAUUGCAGCUUACAGUGUUGCCCUACUAAAUUAUGCACAAGCCUGCUGUGACCGUAA